ACCAUAGCAGCUUUUCCUAUUGCCAAAUGAAAUCUGAGUUAUAGAGAAAGCUGAGGGGGGGACAUCUGAAAACCCCACUCCAUGUGUUUCACCUGAGAACUGGAACAUCCUUGACAUCCUGAGGAACACCUACCUGGUCAUUCUCUCCCUCCAAUUGACUGGAGCACCAAAUUUUGACUGGGGUGUUAGGUGAAAAAAUGUACAUUGACAUGCUAUUCCCGUUGACCCUGUGCGUUCUCUGGGGUCUUCUGGGUGUGGUUGGUGCUCAGAAUGAAAGCGCUACGUUCUCUUUGAAAGGGCGCCCAACAGUGGAGCUGCAAUUUAGGGGAAGUAGAUGUUACUACUUCUGUGGAGCAACCAAGCACCUGGAGAAUCCUGUGGAGAAUGUACCAUCCAGAACCACGCGUGAGAAUGCAAACGUUGCCACAUCUCACAGCAGAAGUAGUGCUAUGCCAUCCGUUGUAACCAGGCCUGCAAUGAGUAGUCUGGCUCGAACUGUUCAGAAAACAAAUGGGACCUCUUUUCCUGAAGCCAGAUUGGAAGUCUUUGGAACCCUGGUGCCCUGCGGUUUAAGAAACACUGUGCAGGAAACAGUGAGGAUGAGCCAAAGAAAAGUGGAUAGGCAGGAAAUUGGGUCAGCACAGUUGCAGAACCAAGCUCAGCCUCGUCGAGUCCCCUCCCGUCCUGUCUACAGACCCAAACCUCCUUCAGGGUCUAAACCUCUGAAACCUAAGCCCAAACCUAAACCUAAGCCAAAUGAUGGAUCAAGUGGAUCUGAUUUUGGGGGUAGCAACAAUUUUGGGGGUAGCGACAACAAUAACAAUGAUAACAAUGAGACAAGCAAUAGUAGUAAUGGUGGGGACUCAACACACUGGACCAACUUCCCAAUCCUCGUUCUUGGCCUUGCCGGACUACUGGUGGUUCUCCAGGUCUCCUAAAUCUUCAGUUUCUCCUCUCUUGUUUCAACACUCACAUGUCCCUUGUUUGCUGUAUUUGGGGUUCUUUAUUAAGAUACUAGCUUGGGAAUUAUCCAUCCUGGGUUGGAUUAGGUGCCAUGUUUUAAACUAUACUUCUAUUGAUUGAAUGUUAUAAAUUUAUUUUUAUAUUGGUAAACCAAUAUAAAACCACUGAGCUUGCUACAGCAGAAAAAGCAGGGUAAAAAUAAACAAACAAAUAAAUAAAUGAUGAUGAUGAUGA